UAUUGGGUUCCUAGACACAGCGUCGGACGCACGGCAGAGGGCCGCAUGGCAGUCAGUGCGCAGCGUGUUGGACGGCCGCCGGUCAGGAAUCAGGGUCGAUUUGGUUGAUUUUAUUUUCAUAAACCAUCCAAGACUCGGAGUCCAGCUCCAAACUUUCAGCAUUGGAGACGCACUGCGGCGGGAAACCCAUUUGAUCUGCCGGAGCAUUAUGUGAGCCAGAUUACUGUGGAGGGUUCAUGCACGAUAUGCCGCUUUGAUGUUGGUCACAUUGGGACUGUACUUUGGUUCGCUGGAGUACUAGCCUCAGGUACUGUACAGAUGCCCAUCGUCCCGCAUGUGAGCGUCCGGAAAGCGUACACCGACUGAUGACGCGACUUUGAACAUUCUCUGUCUGGAUGGCGGCUGGAGAUGGCUCGUCCGAGCCAGGCCACGGCGAAGACCCGCGUGUCGAGCCAGGGCAUCCCGCAGCUCCCCCAGUAUUAGAGCCGACCGACGAUGAGACCGAGGAGGACGGUGACGAAGAUGAAGAUGAGGACAAUGCUGACGAGGAGGAAGAAGACGAGGAGGAAGAAGAGCCACGAUUGAAAUAUGCUACAUUGACCAGGAAUCUGAGCCCGAUAUAUCGCAAUGGAGACGCUACAAGCACGUUCCUGGUGGCCGGGGAUAAGAUGAUCGUGGGAACUCAUAAUGGAAAUAUCCACGUUUUCACCCUGCCAUCCUUCGCUCCACUGCGUACAUAUCACGCGCAUACAGCGAGUGUAUCUUCCAUCUCGAUCUCUCCAUAUACGCCUCCCUUACCCAGCCUUCGACCCGACUUAGCGCAAAGAUUUGCGGCAUCGACAGCCUCUACAAAGGAGCAGUCGCCUGCAAGCUCACCGACACCCAAGUGGAAGCAGCAGCAACAGCAACAGCCGCCGGUGCCCAACAUUCCUGCCAAUCAGAUUUAUAUAGCAACCUCAUCAAUCGACGGGAAUGUGUGUAUUGCGUCGUUGGUGGACCACCGGGAUGUCCAGCUUCGCAACUUCGGAAGACCCGUGCAAAGUGUGGCCCUUUCGCCAGAAUACAAAUCGGACCGGAGUUACCUAUCAGGAGGACAAGCUGGAAGCCUCGUCUUGACCACCGGUGGACAGGCAGGCAAGAGCGUCAACGCAACCACAACCGGAGCCGCAGCGGCGGCAUCUGGCUGGCUAGGGGCCAUUGGUCUCGGACACAACACCGGGUCUGAUAGAGUGUUGCACAGUGGCGAGGGUAUUAUCAACACGAUCAAAUGGUCCCUCUCUGGUAAAUAUGUUCUCUGGGUUAACGAACAGGGAAUCAAGAUUAUGAGGUCGAAUUUGAGCUUGGAAACUGCCGAAGCCGGUCUUGAAUGGAAACGAAUGAGCCACAUUGACCGGCCCAACCGCGCAGGCUGGGAGGAGAUGGCUGGAGUAUGGAAAGCUCGGGCAGAGUGGAUUGAUCGAGACAAUCUGGAAAAUGACGAUGACCAUUCUCCUAACGGUGCCAUAUCAUCCCCAGCCAACGGCGCGCCCGUCAAAGCCAGAGUGGAGGAAAUCUUGGUAGGUUGGGGUGAUUCGAUAUGGCUUCUCAAAGUCUAUCCUGGAUCUGCCGAGAGUGGAAGUGACAACAAAAUUGGUCGCGCAGAGGUCGCUACGAUUAUACGAUUUGAUGACUGUACAAUAUCUGGAGUUUCGCUUUAUACCCCGAGUCUGCUUUUAGUGCUUGCAUAUAUGGAGAAAAAGGACAAGUCACCAUCCCAGGGUAACGAAGGAUCCAAACGAGGACGGCGCGCCCGACACAAUGCAUUAGAGCCGGAGUUGCGUUUGGUGGACAUUAAUACCAAGGAAGAAGUCGACACCGACACCCUAACCAUGAGUCGAUUUGAGACACUUUCAUCUUCGGACUAUCAUCUUUCCGUGCUCCCUCCGGUCCGAAUACCUGCAGCACUUGCUCAGAAAGGGUACCUUGGCACAAUAGGCUCCGGCAUGAGCACCAUGGGCACGAGUCUGUAUACUGGAGUCGAGACGGUCGGCCAAGGCAUGUGGGAUGCCACAAUGUAUGGGCCUCGAAUGCUGGGCGCAAAUCGGCUGUUUAGCGGCGCUGAGAGUACCAGGAGUGGUAUGAGCGGCCCCGAACGUACGGGAAGCACUCGAGACCGGCACUAUCUCACAGGCUGGCUUCCGGGGUUUGGGUCUAGCGAGCCCCAUCCCAGUGAAGACACCAACGGCGUGGUAACUGCUCAGAACAUGAAGAUUUUCAUCUGCAGCCCGUACGAUUGUAUUGUGGCGGUCAGACGCAACCUCAAUGAUCGGCUGCAGUGGUUGCUUAGUGUCAAGAAAUACAAAGAAGCCUGGGAACUGGUCGACCAACAUCCCGAGGCAGCUGGAACCACGGCAGAACCUUCAGAGUCCUCGUCACCGCCUACUCCAUCAAAGACAAGCUCCCUUGCAAGGUCCAGCUCAAUCACUCCCGCUAGUCCAACAAAGGCACGGCAAGAGGCUACGCUUGCCGAGUUCUUUGCGGACUCUGCCUCAAUCACCAGCUCUGCGCAGAACAAAGCAAAACCAAAGUACUCGGCUGCUGAGAAAGAAAAGCGCCGCGUAGGCGAGCUGUGGCUCAAACAAUUGAUCGAUGCAAACCAGUGGGCCGAAGCCGGUGAAGUAGCUGCCAAAGUGCUCAACACCACCAGCCGAUGGGAACAUUGGAUCUGGAUCUUCAUCGAGAACAAAAAAUUCGACGAGAUUUCGCCUCACGUACCUACACUGGAGUUGACACCUCCACUACCAUCCUCGAUCUUUGAACUAAUCCUUGGACAUUAUGUCGAGACCGACAGAGUACGCUUUAAAGAGUUGCUUGACCAUUGGCCAUCGGAUCUGUUUGAGAUCGGCAGCAUUACAACCGCAAUUGAAGACCAACUUCGCGGCCGCGGUGUGGCCAAAGGGUCCAAAGAUUGGCGAAUCCUUCAAGACUGCCUGGCCAAGUUGUACCUUGCAGAUGGGCACUACGAUGAAGCCUUAAAAUGCUACAUCAGCCUUCAGGAUGCAGACACAGCUAUGUCGCUGAUCAAGGAGCAUCAUUUGGUCAACGCGGUAGCUGACGAUGUUGCCGAGUUUGUCAUGCUUCGCAUCUCGCCUUCUCAACUGGAAUCCGCUUCUAUCGAGGAGCUGGAGGAGCUGGCCUCGGAUCCUAUCAAGGUUCUUGUGGACGAAGCAACCGCAGGAGUGGUUGAGCCGGACGAAGUCGUCGCGCAGCUGGACACCCCUCGACUGCGACGAUUCCUGUACUUCUACCUCAAGGCUCUCUGGCGGGGCGAUGGUACGCAAAACACCUCUGCCCUUCCUCGUGUCGGUCACUCCGCCGCCGUCACAUCUUUGGUUGCAGACGCCGGCAAACAGCUGGUCGAGCAAUUCGCCGAUAUUGCCGUCGAACUAUUUGCCGAGUACGGGCGCGAUCUUCUGAUGGAAUUCCUGCAGACGUCCACGGCAUACACAUUCGAGGAGGCCGUCAAGAUAUGCGAGCAAAAGCAUUACAUUGAAGAGCUGGUCUAUCUCUUAAGCAAGACCGGUCAGAUGAAAAAGGCAUUGUUUUUGAUUAUCAACGAACUCAAGGAUGUUUCCAAAGCCAUCGCCUUCGCAAAGGAGCAGGACGAUCAAGGGUUGUGGGACGAUCUACUGGAAUAUAGCAUGUCACGCCCGCGCUUUAUUUCUGGCCUGUUGGCUGAGGUCGGCACCGCCAUCGACCCGAUCACGUUGGUCAAGAGAAUCCCGUCUGGCUUGGAGGUCGAGGGCCUGAAAGACGGCUUGAAGAAAAUGAUCCGCGAAUAUGACCUGCAGGACAGCAUCAGCUCGGGCGUCGCCCGCGUCCUGAGCAGCGAGGUCGCGGAUGCCAUGGAUAUAUUGCGUCGAGGGCGGAGGAAAGGAAUUAAAUUCGACGUUGCGCCACCGCCGAGUCAUCAUUAUCAUCAUCGUCAAAAGGUACAAGUGACCCCAUCGAUAGGUGGUACUGCGGCUGAGGAGCAGCAACAACAGCAGCAGCGAGUAGAGCAGCAACCCGCAGAACCGGAACUCCAAUCCGGACAUUGCGCCUCGUGUCAUAGGGCUUUCCACCAGGAAGAAACAGAGACUCUUGUUGGAUUUGCCUGUGGGCAUAUCUACCACGUCUCUCAUCUGUUACAUGGCCCGGAGGCCGAAGGUGACGAGACGCUCCUACCGCAGCCUGCACAGAAGGAGCAGCAGGACAACGAUGCUGGCUUUGACGAGACCCGCUUCCUCAGGUCGGUUGGACCUAAAGUCACAAACGCAAGGCUUUUGAAGGACAAGAUCAUGGAGGUCGGCGGGUGUGCGGUGUGCAAAGGAUCGAGGGAAAAGGCCCAGAUUGUGGGCGGAUAAAAAUAAAAGUAGAGGAGCACACAUCCACUUCUGCUCCCCUUAGCUCAAUGUUGACGCCCCUUGAACAUGACGUUUCCCCUCCUUCUCUCAGUAAUAGGCUUUAAGAGACAUUUCCAUGGUCUCUGCGCCGUAAAUUGGCUGGGUUUGGGGAAGGCAUCCAUCACGAGGUGUGGUGAAGACGGACUGCCUCGACGAGAGUAAGCUCGUUUCGGCCGGGACAGCACAAUGCCUGUUUGCCGCCGUUUCGAGCGCCGGACCCGACCCUGCUUCCAGUUUCCGUCUCCUUCCGCCUGCUCCAUUGGCUGCUACAUUUGUUCGGUGUAGGUGCGAGCUGCUUUCCCCCCUUCUCCUGCACGUACAUCUUCGUAAAGGGUGGAGGGGGUGGACUCUCCUAGGCAGUGCUGUGACUUGCAGGACGGUGGCAGACACGGCUGACAUCAACGCGGGUUGUACUGUAUGUAGAGUGUGUGGUUUUCUCAGCCUUCGAGACGUCGCGCUCGUGCUUACGGUUUCGAUACGAUAUAUGUGUAUGUGCCAUCAUCAGCCUUGGGCAUUUGCGCGGCGUUCAGCCAUGAAAGCGCGAACCCCUUCGAUCCUGUUGACGAAGAACAUGCGUUUCUUGUCAUUCUUCCAGACCAGGACACCGAUCUCAUCGGCAUAGCGACAGGGGGCUUCAUAGUCGGCUUGGUUGGGGAAAUCCUUCAACAGGAAGCCCGGGGUGGUGGUCAUACGAUCACGUUCCAGCUGCCACAGGUGGAUCUGGUCGAGAAUGGUGGCGGGCAAGAUGGGCACGACGCGAUUGGGGUCGGCGUUGCGGGCCUGUUCGGCCUGUGCGUGGCGGCGCAUCUGCGGGUGUGCAUGGGAGGUGAGGUACGAGAUGAUCUGGUCGGCGGUGAUGCCGGCUUGGAUGGCGCGCUGGACGGACGACUUGCUCAUUUUGCCCGUGACCAAAUUGGGGUGGCGGGAUCGCAGGUUGACGAACAAAGAUAGCAAAGCAAUUUGAAGUGGCGAUGAUGUGUAUGCGUAGAGUCGAUAGUUUGUUUCGACAAUGAUGAAGCCUUUGCCUGCGCCGGCUGAUGAGGAGGAGGAUGAGUGUGCUGAUUUCGUUGACAGGGAAGAGGCGAGCGUCGUGUUUGU